AGCCGGACCCGCUGAUGGUAAAUGAAGUCGUCUGCGGUUGCAGAGAGGUGAAGGGGAACCAACCAGCCAGAGCCUUUGAGCUCCGGAGUGCCACUCGGGAGGCCAACAGGUGCCGUCCAGCGCUUGGAACGUGAUGUACCAGAAUGAUCUCCUCUUCAGUGUGGAGGCAGACAGCCCGACUCGAUGGCCUGUAACGCGGGGACUGAUACGAAGUCUUGAUAGUUGUAGGCGAACACUCUCUGUAUUCCUUAAGGGAGUGCCUGGACAGGAAGGAAAGACAAGUUGCAGCAACUCGGGUUCCCAAAGAAAUAGGGUUUGCUGAGAUUGGCACACGGGGAAGGAGUGUGUUGGAAUGCCGGGGAUGCAUGGCACGUGGAGUGCACAGUGGAGUCCAGGUUAAAGUCUAUCCUGUUGAAUACAGUCUCCAGGGCUCCCAGAAUCCCAUGAUGCCUUUGCUGCCUCUUUGACUGGUAGCCAUGACUGGGAGGGAGAAGGGAGGAAGGGUCUUAUAGGGGGAAUGCAGGGGUGUCAGGCAUGAGGAUAGAAGGGAGGAUGGCAUCGUAGGUAAGAGACAAAGAGGCCAUGCUCGAUAUCAGGUCUAUGACUUUGAGGAAGUUCACUGGGGCUGUGAGGCAUAAACUGCAUAGGUUAAUUGCUUGCCACAGGCUUAACCAGCGGUAGCUCUUGAUAUCAAGGUUGCUGGGCUCCAAAGGAGCACACACCAGAGAAGGGUUGGGAUCCAGAACCCAGGUGGUGGUUUUGAGGAUAGAGAUGAAGCAGGGGGACUCUUACCGAGAGAGUCCUGCAGAAGAGGCGAGGAGGCUCGCUGCCCUAAAGAUGAAGACACUUGAGAAAGCUGGUCUUUUCUGUAAGUCGAAGGUGAAAUCUGCUUAAAGUACCCUGUGGUAUUCAGAACCCAGGUACCCAACAGGGUUUCUCUCUAGGGCUUCUUAGUGCCCCGUUCGCCCCUUUAUUCCAGGCCUGGGUCCUGGGGGUUAUCCUAGGGCAUUUCAACACAUUUCAGGGGCUGGUGACCUUUGAAGAUGUAGCUGUGUACUUCUCGGAGAACGAAUGGACCAGCCUGGCUCCUACGCAGAAGGCUCUGUACCGGGAUGUGAUGCUGGACAAUUAUGGGGCCGUGGCUUCCCUGGGGGAGACCCUGGCCCAACACUGAACAUCCUCAUACAAGUCUUGAACUUGAGAGCUCUAAGAGAGGACAAGACAGCUCAGUCCCUCAACAGGGAAACAGGAAAGGAGCCCUUCCGUUUCCCAAGCCACCCCUGAUUUCCCAGCUGGAACGAGGAGAAGCACCUUGGCGGUCAGUUCCUCGGGGAGCUCCGGAUGGAGAGGGCCAGAGGGGCACCUGCUCAGGGUAUCCAUUUCUGAAGCUUCCUGGGAUCCCCCAGCCUGAACAGGAGGAGGAGCCCCUGAACCCGAAACUGCAUGGAGCAGGUCCAGGCCUAAUUUGGACUGAGGCUGUGUCGAAGAGUGAAAAAGAGGAUUUUGUUCUGAAGCAGCAAUUAUUUCAGGAGGCACAUGACCAUAUGAUGCUAUCAAGUGGAUCCCAGUGGUAUGACUCCCAGGAAUUCUGGUUUGGAAAGACCUGUGCAGUGGAGAAAAGUAAGCUAGGGAGAUGGCCCACUGGGGAAAGCAUGGCAAGUACGACAAAUGAUGUUAUAGAAGUGACUGCCAAGGAUGAGAUGGUCUCAGUGGAAGCAAGCCCAGACAGGACUGAUCUCAGUACUCACCUGACCACGCGUCAGAAAGUUCUAAGUAAGCAGCUAUACUAUGGAUGUGAAGAAUGUGGCAAAUGUUUUAAUCAAAAUGCAGACUUUGGUCAACACCAGAGAACUCAUAAUAAAGAAAAAGUCUAUGGAUGUAAGGAGUGUGGAAAAGCUUUCCGUUUUAGAUCACGUUGCAUUGCACAUCAGAGAAUUCACACUAGGGUGAAGCCCUAUGAAUGCCAAGAAUGUGCUAAAGCCUUUGUUUGGAAGUCAAACCUGAUUAGGCAUCAGAGAAUACACACUGGAGAAAAGCCCUUUGAAUGUCAGGAAUGUGGGAAGGGCUUUAGUCAGAACACCAGCCUGAUACAACAUCAGCGGAUCCACACUGGGGAGAAACCAUACACAUGUAAAGAAUGUGGGAAAAGCUUUACUCGGAACCCUGCCCUUCUCCGGCAUCAGAGAAUCCACACUGGGGAGAAGCCUUAUGAAUGUAAGGUCUGUGGGAAAGGCUUCAUGUGGAAUUCAGACCUUGCUCAACACCAUAGGGUCCACACUGGGCUGAAGCCUCAUGAAUGCACCGAGUGUGGGAAAAGCUUCAUUUGCAAGGCACACCUUGUCCGACAUCAGAGAAUUCAUACUGGGGAGAGACCUUAUAAAUGUAAUGAUUGUGGGAAGGCCUUCAGUCAGAAUUCCGUCUUAACUAAGCACCAGAAGCGCCAUGAUAGAGAGAAAUCCUUUAACUGUCCGAUCCCUUACUUUCUUGAACAUGAGAGACAGAGUGGAGAUGCUUGUUUGUAGUCGUCAUGCUGUAGGAAGUGCAGAGAAAAUGGGGUGACCUUCCACAGUUUUACUUUUGCCUUCUCCUGAACAUAUAGCCAAUGCUUUUAAGAAGACUGGGUUCCCUGUUCCAUCAUGUUUCCAUCAGCCACUAUGCAGACAGGCACCUACUAUGUGUCAGAUGCAGACAGGCACCUACUAUGUGUCAGAUGCUUUAUAUGCAUCCUUUAUUUAAUUGUCUUAAUAAUUUUAUUAAGGUGGGUACUCAUCUCCAUUUUACAAAUGAGGAAUUGGAGUCCAGAGUUCACGGUUCUUUAUUUAAUUAUGCACAUUCCCACCUCUACUUUCCCCACCCACCUCAAGUUUUUCUGAGCCAAAAUUUCCUUUCUUCUAAGACUCAGCUUGCUCAACUCAGCAGACUUCUUUUUCCACACUGCUUGUAGUCAGCACCACCCAAAUUGGUAGUACAUGCUGUCUUGUAUUUUUACUUUUGCCUUCUCCUGAACAUAUAGCCAAUGCUUUUAAGAAGACGGGGUUCCCUGUUCCAUCAUGUUUCACGUUGAUAGUCUCACGUGUGCCGUCCUCACCACCAGCUAAAUUGCUCAUUGAGAGCCAAGAGUACAUUUUGUAUAUUUUAAAACAUUUUUGACAAGCUACAACAUGAACGUGAUCAGUGCAUGGAAAGCGCCCAAUGAGAAGUUUCCUUCUCAGUCCUCUCCUUAGAGGCGAUCCCUGCUGCCAUCUGCGUAUCCUUCUGGAAAUAGAAUCUAUAUGAGGGGCGUCAAACAUUUUUUUGAGAAAUGGAAUUAAAAUAUAAUGAUUUUUUUCACAAACUUUUAGAAGCCCCCUUGUAUCAUAUAUGCAAGUGUUUAUUAAUAUUGCUUUUAAUAAGUCUACCUCACCCAAUGCCUACUUGCUAUAAGUGAUAUUGAAAUUAGCAUUGCUAACUCCAGAAUC